ACCAUGAGGGAGGAGAGCAGGCCUCCUCCCUGGGAGGCCUCAAGGCUGGAGAACGAGUUUUUCCAAGUUUUAGAUGACUUGGAUAGCAAACUGGCUCAGGAGCAAUCUACAAGCUCAGCGAAUGCCAGCUAUGCAUCAAGCACGCAGUCCAGCCAUUCUUACUCCAGCAGGAACAGACCUAGAGCUAUCACAAGAAGACCCCAAAAUCGUCAUGAAACUUCUAAUAUGUCCAUCUAUGACAUCUUGAGACCAGGAACUCCUAGAGAAGGUUUUAAAACCUUUUCCCCUAGGACAAAGACAAUUUAUAAUAUGUAUAGGACAAAGGAACCCAGCAGAGGCUUAGAAGACAGUGUGCAAAAGAAUACAUUUGGGAGCACUUCUCUGUGUUUUGAUAGCAGACAACGAUCAGCCUCACCAGCCACGGGGCAUUUCACUGCAAGAAGCUUACAUUUUCCAACCACAACUGAGAACAGGAAUCGAUUUGUACCUGCAAGCCACCAGCAGAGCCCAAAGAGGACUCCAUUAUCAUCUAUCAUAUGGAAUAGAUCAGAUUUUUUGAGAGACAGACAGAACCAAGAAGAGUUCUAUAGCGCACCGUCACCCAUGGAAAUUGACCCUGCUGAACAGUGUAUGUAUCCUCACUGUCUUCAGGAAAAUAGGAGACACGAAUGGUUCCAUUCACAGAAUGCUUAUCAAAAUGCACGUUUAAAUGAUCCCCUGGAUACUCCCAUGCAUCCUGACAUAUUUGAGAACUCAGAGAACAUGCCAUUUUACCAUCAGGACAACCCCUUUGCUAGGUCAUUCUUUAGCAAUGCUUUUAAACAAAGUAGAGAGCACAGAUUUGGACAAAGUUCUUUUUGGGGCCAACAGGAAGAACAUUAUUCCUGUUGGCCUGACUUUCAUCAGGGUAGGAAGCCAUUCAAUUUUUCCAACAGAGACUUUGAAAUGUUUCCCUCUGAAGCAAAUGUUCAUGGCCACAGUGUCCCUCCUCAACACUGGAGGCCAUUUUCUCCAGUUUUCAGGAGCCAAGAAAACCCAUAUCCCUGGCAGUCUGAUUUUCAGAUGCCACCACUGGAGAACAUGGAGCUAUCACACACAAGUGAGAACCAAUCCACUCCUUAUUUUGGCAUACCAACUUUUGGCUCCAUGUCUGAUUUGAGUCAUCCCAUGACAACUAGUGGGUUGGAAUAUCAAAAGGGCAGUUGCCCUGAACACAUGCAGAGAAACAAAGAACCCUAUUCAUUUAGAAUUGACCAGAAUCUAGCACCUUCAUUCAGAACUUCCUUCCCCCAGGUUCCUGAUGACAAAAGGAAUUCUCAGAGUCCCACCUUUCCGAAUUUCACUGUCACUCUACAAAAUGUCAUUCCUAAUAAGCCAGACUCCCUUCCAGGAAGAUCCCAUACAGAAGCUACUGGGACCAACAGCACUUCACUUGAUUCCCUGCCUCUGGCUGAAACCCAGCCCAAUAUCUUGGUCACAGAAAUGAAUGAGAAAGGCAUGAAUGAAUCUCUUUCCGAAGACAAACAACUAAACCAGACAGACCAGACCAAUAUGACAGAGAUUCCCCCGUCUAUUUCACAGACAGUGAUCUCAAACCCCUUAACUGAUUUUCAAAAUCCUCUCUCCCAGGAUCCAGUCAAAAAUGACAGAUUUGGUUUAAAUUCACCUAGCAAAGGAAGUUCACGAAAGUCACCCAGAGCCUUUUCCAGGAAAAAUGCCUCCCCAAUUUGGAUAUCACAAAGAGAUACAUCCAAUGAACUUAAAGGGAUCAAGAAACUUGACUCAGCGGCUUUCCUUCCUUUCCUUCAGCAAAGCACAAUGCCACUAUCUUUCCCCAGCCCAAGUCACAGUUGCCACAAGGAACUGGCAGUAAGUAAAGGAGACAUUUCCAGCACUAGUAAGAAUAACCAGCAGUGCUCUGAACCUACUCAUAAUCAAAACACACAGUCUCCUGAGGAGUCUUCUCUUUUGGAUACUGAGGCCAAACAAUAUCCUCCCACACCUCAUUCCACCAGCUGCAGCAAAAUGGCUGCCAAUAGGCCAUGUGACUCUUUGGCUCUAUCAUCAGGGAUAACACCCAAUUCCUCACCAUCGAAUUAUUCUUUUCGUGAUGCUCGUGUGAUUUCUUCUACCACCGUGCUCUCCAGAAGCCCUUCAGACAAUGGUCCAGCUCUAGAAGAGAGAGAAGACACAGACAAUGCUACCACAAAGCAGAAUAGCCAGUUUGCUAUAAUCAGCCCUUCAGAAACCCCAAAGAGCAAUGAUGGUCAUGUGCCUCUCUGUGAGGAUGUGGUUGAUUUUGUCAAAGGCCAUUCCCGUUCUCCUUUCAGAAAUGGAAAGGUAAGACAUCGUGUAUCCUGUAUUGAAAAGUUAAGCCAAACAGCAAGUUGUUCAGUACCCUCCAGUGAAGGCAGUCACCCCACAGAAAACCAAAACAAUCCCAAAGCUUCAGAGCUUAACACCAUUUAUUGCACUUUGCCGAGAAAAUCGGCCAGUUUCCUCAUCAAUGGCAGACAGCCAGAAAGUAAGGUAAGGGCUACAUCCAUUAGGAAUGGGCCACUUCCCUUUCACAUAAAAAACACUGUGCCAGAUCCGGUGAAGAAAUAUGAGUCAAGCAGAUGUGAUUUUCCUGAGUCAGUGAGUGAAUGUUCCAAAGUGGUUUCUGAUUCCAUCACCGUGGCAUCCGAAGCCACAGAGAAGAUGGCAAAGGUGAGACCCAUCAGAUCUGCUUCUGUGAGGAAGGGACCACUUCCAUUCCUUGUGGGGCGGUCUAUGUCAUGUCCUUCAGAGAAACCACAAGCCUCCACUGGAAGCGAUGAAACAAACAACGAAUCAGUCUUAGACACAGACACUGCUUCUGUGACACCAAAGACCAGGGGGAGACUCUUUUCCUCGCUAGAAAGCAAAUCAUCUAUUAGAGAUGGUUCUUCCACCCACACACUGCACCCAAAGGAACUCUUUCAAGAAUGCACUGAAAAGAAUAGGGAGAUGGCUGCCACUGGGACAGGGGAGGAAAACCCUUUACCAUUUUGUGCAGACAUAGCCCCAAAAGAAAACAAGAACACAUUACAUAAAUUUAAAACUACUAGUAUGUUUUCUGUUUCUGGGAAUGAAGAUAAUGUAAAAUGUCUCGAAGUGGUUUCAAUAUAUUAUACUCUACCCAGGAAAGCCAGCAAAAAAGUCUGUAACCUCCUUCAGCAGUAUGCACAAAACACGAGUUCGCUUAUGGAAUCCCUGCAGAUGGAGACGGAGGCAUCUCCUUGUGCUUUAGGAGAGAGGGUAAAGGAUUCUACACAGGAGUGGUCAAGUUCACCUUCCCCAAAUGUAAAGAUGACAGAAAGCUCUGCUCAGAGUUUGACUGACAACAAACUGCCAGAUAAGGGACCCUCUGAACCUACAUUAGAAGAAAUGGCUCCUGUUUCUCUGCAUCAAGGAGAAUCUAAGGCCAAAGAGACCUUGCAAGGUGACUUAGUUAAAACACUUCUAGGUGAUUUUUUGCAAAGCAGGAAACAAAAAGGGAGAACAUUACAAAGGGAAACCCUUCCCAUCUCUUUAACACAACAGGACGAAAAUACUGCAGCAGAAACACCAGAAAAUUCCCAAGAAUCCAUUCAAGCAGAAAAUAGUGGACCCUCUAGUCUGCCAGCUCAUUCGGAAGAUAAUGUUGAAAGUUCCCAAACCAGAGGAGGUUCUGGGGAGUCUGAAGGUAGAGACAUAGCCAUUAUAUCUACCCCAAGUACAAGGUGGCCUCUGGAAGCUCACCUGGCCCCAGCCCCGGAUGACAGCUCCAGUGAGCCACAUCCUGGGGAAAUCGGAGGAGAAGCCGGAACAGAUCAUCCAAAAGUGACUGAGAAAACUCUUGCCGAAAGCCAAACCUUCGCUCUGACUUCAGCAUCACAGACACUGCAGUUUGAGGAGACUCACUCAGGUGAACCAGAUUCAGGGAAGUCUGAACCUAGAGAAUUACCCCAAGGAAACCAGGAGCUCACUCUAACAGAGAGCAGGAAGGCAGAGGGAGAAAGGCAGAAGUUGGACUGGGAUCAAAUGUCACUCACUAAAGGAAAUCAUGCAAAUGACACCAACUUGGAUAUCCUAGACAAAGGAGAAGACAGAUCCAUUAAACAUAGAUUGGCAGCCAUGUCUAAAGCAAACCAAAAAUUCCCAAGUAACCAUCUCAACCCCAAAAGACAUGUAGCUACUAUCUUCCCCCAAAGUGGAAGUGAAUCUGGCUUUGGUCUUUUAUCUCUUGGCAGACUAGAAGACACUGCACUGUCUCCAAGGGCUGCUGUAAAGCCCACAGAAGCUGUGGAAGAAACCGUCCUGAGGGAUGAGGGGACAGACAUGGAGGUUUCUGAGAACCCUCUUCCGGUUACUGGCAUAGCCAGCAGAGAACCUUCUAGUCACUCCUGCCAUCAGAAAUCUAAUGACAUUUCACAGCAACCCCAGAGUGAGCUUAAAAAUGUCUCUGAAUCCCCACCAAAGCAUGAGAAUUCUAAAGAUGUUCCAGUAGCUCAGCUUGCAGAAGAAGAGUCAGGAUCCACAGCCAAACUCACAUCAACCAGCCUCAGAGAAGCUGACUUCUCUGAUUAUCAGAGGAGGCUCAGCCCCCCUUUCUCCCUGGAAACUGUGCAGAAAUCUUUGAUGAACCUCUCCCUGGCUAGUUAUCAGCAGCAACAUAGGAGGCCUGUGUCUCCAGGAUGGGAACCUGAACCACAGCUCUAUCGUUCUAAGAGUUUAAAAAGCAUCCAUGUGCAUAGUGACCUACGCACAAGUCAGCCACCCAAAGCUAGGGGGCGUCAUUUUUCUGAAAGCACCUCUAUUGACAAUGCCCUGAGUCCACCGACCUUAGGGAAUGACUUCUCUGACCACAGUGGGUACAAUCGAAGAUUCAAAUCUUUCUCUGAAUUUCCUUCCUGUGAUGAAAAUGAAAAUUGGGCUUUGUACAGCGACAACAGGACAAAAACAGGUCUCAAGUCCACGUCAUCUAUCUCUAGACCCAUUGAUUAUGGGAUUUUUGGGAAGGAACAACAGUUGGCUUUCUUGGAGAAUGUAAAGAGGUCUCUCACCCAAGGAAGAUUAUGGAAACCAAGUUUUCUCAAAAACCCUGGCUUCCUGAAACAUAGUGUAAAUAAUCCUGCCAACCCAUCCCAGACAGACCCCUCAAGCUCCAGUUCACCAGAAGAUGGAUCAUUUCCAAUUGAGCCACUCAAUAUUUACGAAGAAGACCCCGUGGAGUCGGACUGGGACACAGACACCACCACAGAUGAUGAAUACUACCUGGAUGAAAAGGACAAAGAGUCAGAACUGUGAGGUGUUAAAAAAAAUAACUGCAGGGCUGGGAAGGUGGCUCAGUGGUAGAGCGCAUGCCUUGCAUGCCA